CCUGGACUCGACUCGCAUUCAUGCUUCUGGAAUUGAGCUCCAAAAUAGGCUUCACAAACACGUUUCCAGACUUAGCCAUUUCCAGGCAGUUUCCCAGUUUUGGCAUAGCCUUUUGAUGAGGUUCAAAAAUGGUCUUCUAGACUUCCUAUCGAGCUCUCUUCCACUUCAAUAUGUAGAGGGACACUCCAACUUCAAAACAAGUCAUUAGUCUUCAAUUUCCAUCUAGCCAAUUGUAUGAUAUGAAUAUCUAAAGUAGGCACCAUGAACUGUUUUUACAUUUAAAUAACAUAUUAGGUCGACCUGAUCUUAUAUGAGGUCGACCGAAUUCAAAAUGAGGUCGACCAGAUUCUAUAUGAGGUCGACCGAAUUCUAAAUGAGGUCGACCUAAUCCUAACUGAGGUCGACCAGAAAGUGCAAGUCACCGUGAUAUGCAUGUCACCGCAGGCACACCCUACUAUUUAUCAUUAUUAUUUUUGUAAUAAUUUAGAGCAUGAUAGUCAUGUCGAUGGCAUGCCGACCGGUAGAAUGGGGUUCGGCAGAUAACAGUUACAAAACCGGUUGGAAUGUCUCUGUUAUAACAGACAUGAUUGAUUUUCGACCUUCGAUAAUAAAUAAAAAAUUGAUUUUCUUUUCUUGAAUUGAAAGUUAACACUUGAUGUUAUUAAUUAGAUUCAAGUAUAAAUGAUUAGAUGCUUAUUUUAUUUGUUGGGUUCAAGUAUAAACUUUUCGAUGUUGGCGUUAAAUGUUGUAAAUUUAAUAUGAAGCUGUUUUUCAAUUUGUAUGGAAUGUUGUAUUUUAUUUAAAUAGAGACGUAGGUUUUAGAGAGAUUUUCUUAAAAAAAAAAUUAUAAUGGAGAUGACUUUAUUAAAUCAAAAGAAAAGAAGAAAAAGGUACAUGGAUCAAGAGCAUUUAUCCAAAUCCAGAAAGAACAUAACGCGAACAGCAACAAACGAACCUCUCUACACCAUCACACUAGGUGGACUAGACCACCCCUAUGUGCCAAACAAAAUAAAUCAAUUGUACAUAUCGUUCGUUCGUCGGACAAUACUAUUUGACAAACCGACAUAAUAAUAUAAAUCGAUUUGACACUGCUCAAAAUAUUUUCAAAAUGAUGUGGUCCAGAACAAGUUAGGAUGCCGCUGCUUAAAAAUUAUUUGAAUCCAGAACAAGUUAGGAUGUCGCUGAUUAAAAAUGAUUAGGAUCUGAUACUGGGUACCGUUGCAAUUGGAUUCCACUAAGCAUGAUGCCAAAUCCAGGGUAGAUGAGAGGAUAAGUGAGUGUGUUGUCACGAUCAAAUGUUAAUGAAGAUUAUAUGGUUGUUUAUAUCUUUGGGCUCGUCUCUUGUUGACGAUUCAUGAACUUAAUUACCCGACACCUUAUGAUGGAUUAUAGUAUUGGCAAUAUACAGGUUGAGUAUAAUUGUUAAUAUUUUGGGAAUGAAAAUAUCUUCAUGUUUGAACACUAUGAAUUCAUUUUUACAGGACUUUUUUAGAUAAUGAUUAUAAGAUACGGCUCAAAUCUCUUUGAAUACAGUUUUUCGUGUUGACUGUUGCUCUUAAAAUUCGGACACAGGGUCUUAGCAGAUGGAUGUUUUUUUUUUUUUUACCAAAAGGUAAUCAUAUAUUGAUCAGAAAUAGUUACAUCCUGGAAUUGAGCCAGACCAAAAAAUCAAAGAAACGACUUGCAGACGGGUACAAAAACAGGGCCUUUCGAGCCACCAAAUGGGAUACCCUAUUAUUACGCCGACCUACAAACCGUACACUAAAUCCGCUAUGGUUGGAUAAGCAAUGCAGAACUUCCUCCAGAAGGGCUCCAAUCCGGCUAUCCCUGACCUCAGAAUGGAUGAGCUUAUCAAUUAUCACCUGGGCAUCCCCUUCAAACCGUACAUCCGUAAACCCAGCCGCACUACACCAAUGAACUGCUUCUCGGACUAAAUUAUAUGUAUUUCUAAUAUUUUUCGGACUAGUUAUACAAAAUGAUAUUAAUUAUAUAUAUAUAAUAAAAAAAUUUGAAUCAAUCGUACCAUCAUCUACCUUCUUCCUUUUAAUUAAAAAUUUACAACUUUUAUUUUAUUUUUCACAUAAUAUAUGUAUUGUUUAGGUUCAUGUGACAGAAACUAUCCUUAAAAAUAAAUAAUAUUACAAUCUAAGUUUGUAGUUGGAAUAUAUGAGAUUAUUGAGUUGAUAUUGUUCUUUAUUUUUCGAUUUUAACCUUUAAAUAGGAAGACUUCAAAUGUGGGAAAAAAUUCUCGGUACUAAUUGUUUCCAUUAAGCUCAACCUUCGAUCAAAUUGAUCUAAGGUUCGAAAAUGUAGUAGCUGGACAAUCUACUUACCCACUUGUUAGAAUAUGACUUGAAUUUGAUUUGGGUUUGUUUUGUGUUUUAGGCCUAUUCUGUUUGGGUUUGGGAUUGGGUUUUGUUUGACCUUUUUCUUGUAUGUUUGGGAAAAGGUGUUUGGUUUUCUGUUUGAGAUUAGGAGAAGAGUUCUAUAAAUACUCUUCAUCACCCUAGUCUAUAAAAAGGUCAGUCAGGUUAGUUUGUUUGGUUUGUCUGUUUGGAAUUUGGUUUGUAACCUGUACUCUCCUCAAAUUAGUGAAAUUUGUCCCCCCUGCCCGUGGAUUAGCUAGCACACAUUGUGUUAGUGAACCACGUUAAAUUUCUGUUCGUUUGUGCUGGUUUGGAUUAUUGAUUGCACGCUUCUGUUCUAACAAGUGGUAUCAGAGCUUUUGGUUGCGGUUUUGGGAAUUUGUUGCUGGACUGAAGUUUUGCUUUGUGGAGGUAGCUUUCAAUUCUUUAGCUUGGUUCGGUGGAGGAAUCGCUUUGAAGUUGACUUUGGGUAGUUGUGUUUUGGUCUCGCUUGUUUGGUGAGAAGUUUAGUUGGAGUUUGUUUGAUAGUAAGAAUGGUUGCUAUCAGUAUGAAGAUCGAGAAGUCAAUUUGGAGUUGCAGGCUUGGAGUUAGCAGUAAAUUUGAUGUUGGUGUUAUGCACGGAAAUAAAGCCAAGUUGGUUCUGCAUGGCAAGUCCCAACAUGGGUUGGACUUGCUGCAUGUUUUGAUUUGUUAACCGCCCUUAGGGGAAUUUGGAGGCAGGGGAGAUUCUGUUACAACUGAUUUGGAGGAGUUAGUACGUCUGGCAAUUCUGAUUGCGUCUGAGUUUGGCAAUUUGCAUCGCGUUUUAGUUUGGCGAUAUGGAUCGCGUCUAGGUACAUCUGGCAACAUUGGUUGCGUCUGGUACAUCUGGUAUUUGAGAGAGAAUUCAAGUCAAGGUGGAGAUUGUUAGAAUAUGACUUGAAUUUGAUUUGGGUUUGUUUUGUGUUUUAGGCCUAUUCUGUUUGGGUUUGAGAUUGGGUUUUGUUUGACCUUUUCCUUGUAUGUUUGGGAAAAGGUGUUUGGUUUUCUGUUUGGGAUUAGGAGAAGAGUUCUAUAAAUACUCUUCAUCACCCUAGUCUGUAAAAAGGUCAGUCAGGUUAGUUUGUUUGGUUUGUCUGUUUGGAAUUUGGUUUGUAAUCUGUACUCUCCUCAAAUUAGUGAAAUUUGUCCUCCCUGCCCGUGGAUUAGCUAGCACACAUUGUGUUAGUGAACCACGUUAAAUUUGUGUUCGUUUGUGCUGGUUUGGAUUAUUGAUUGCACGCUUCUGUUCUGACACCACCUUUAUUGUGAGAAACUUGCAAAAAACAAACUGUAAAUCACUAUACAUAUUGUUGAAAACAGAAAUAAUCUGUCGAAUCUCACUAUCAAGUUGAACUAUACCAAUCUUAUCAGCGCUGUUUGUGAGAACAAAAUAUGCAAACUACGAAUGAUAUUUUCGUUAAAAAUUGGCAUAUCUUUUUAAUUGUGAAAAAUACCAUACUUAAUGAUGUAAUCUACAAUACACUGGAUUCAUAAAUAUAUGUAGUGAUCAUGAUAUAUCAACUUAACCAUAGAAAAAGUCGAACUAACAUAUAUAUUAAAUUAUGUUUCCUUAAAAACAACAAUAUUCUUAUAAGAAUUUUCCGACAUAUAUAUGGAGGUGACGGUGGCGAUGGGUGUGCUGGUAGGAGCACUGCCGGUUGUGGGGCUGGUAGCGUGGUGGUGGAACGAGGUGUGGUAUGCGUUGCCGGUGAAGUUCCAGCUGUCUGGCACCGGAAUCAGGCUUCCCGCCGGCCACAUGGGUUUUCCUUUCUUGGGGGAGAUGCUUACUUUUCUUUGGUACUUCAAAGUCGUCAAACGUCCCGACGACUUCAUCAACUCCAAAAGACGCAAGUAAGUCCUACUUCCAAAAAUAAAUAUUGUUUGUUCAAUGUAUUUGCAUAACAGGAAUUUUACGAUGCCGAUUAUUAUCGGUGUUUACGCAAAUAACAGGAAUUUUAUGAUACCGAUUAUUAUCGGUGUUUACGUUAAAAAUAAAGAAAAACGGUAAUUUGUACAUUUAACAAUAUGAUAUAAAUUGAUCUUGAACCU